CAGCCACCCGAGCACCGAUUUUAGAACUUCGUAGAAUUCCAACCCAUCAACUUUAUCAUAUAAUUCAACCACCACCACCAUGCCCAAAUUCAAUAAAAAUUAUGAAGAUCGAAUGCUCAAAGCUAUUGACGCGUUAAGCACACAAAAUCCCCCAAAUAUCGCCAAAACUGCACGUGAAUAUGGAGUUAAACGGCAAACCCUCUCCGCAAGGUGGAAGGGACGGUCCAAUCUAUGUGAACGACCACCAACCAACACCAGAUUAUCAGAAGAGCAAGAAAAGGCUCUGUGUCACUAUGUUGAUACUCUAGAGCAAUUAAAUAUAAAGCCACUUGCACAAAUGAUCCAAUCAAGUGCCAAUUCUAUUCUGAAAUCAACCCAUACCAGCCUAGACACCCCUCCACCUACUGUCAGCAAGAAAUGGUUAAACUGAUGGCUAGGAAGGCAUCCUGAAUAUAAAAGACGUCGCUCUAGAGCUAUAGAGCUUGACCGCAAGCGUGCAGAGGAUCGUGAGGUUAUUCAGGAGUGGUUUCAGAAGCUCCAUCAGACCAUCCAGAACCAUAGGAUAUUAAAGGAGGAUAUCUACAAUUUUGAUGAGA